GUCAACAGAAGCUACUCGGGAAGUCCAGAGUGCUGGAGAAAGGAAAGGACGAUGCAGGAACCACCAGAUGAUGUCCAGCAAGUGUUGGUGGUUAAAGAGGAGCUGGUUGUUGAGGAGGAGGACUGGAGUCCCAGACCAGACCAGGAGGACCAGAAGCCUCCUCAGAUUAAAGAGGAAGAGGAGGAGAAUGAGAUCACAGAGUUAACUUUCAGUCCUGUUCAUGUGAAGAGUGAAGAUGAUGAAGAGAUACCUCAGCUGUCAGAACUUCUUCCCAGUCAGACUGAAGGGAACAGAGACUCCAACGAAUCAGAUGAUGACAGUACUUCAAAUUGUUCUUCAGAGACAGACGUCAGUGAUGGAAACUGGGAGGAAAGUGAAGCUCAGUCAGGUUUAGACUCUGUGAAAAAAGAUGUUGUUCCUGUUGGUGACAGAAUAUGUGGCAAAAGUAAAAAGUUACACAUCUGUCCCGACUGCGGAAAAACAUUCAGAAGCAGGCAAGGUUUGUUAGGACACCACAGAAUACACACCGGAGAAAAUCCUUUCAGCUGCUCCAUCUGUAACAAAACCUUUUCUUCAAAAGGAAACUUGCAAAAACACUCAAAGGUCCACACUGGGGAAAGACCCUUCAAAUGUUCUGUAUGUGGUACAGCUCUUAAAAGUAAAAAUGCAUUAAUUGAACACACAAGAAUCCACACUGGCGAGAAGCCAUUCAGUUGCUCCGUUUGUGGCCGAAGCUUUAGUUUCAGGUCGUAUUUAACUGUUCACAUGAAGUGUCACUCUGAAGAAAAACCUUACAGCUGUUCUCUUUGUACAGCAGCUUUCAAAAGGAAAAACGUCUUGUUGGCACAUGUAAAAACUCACACUGGAGAGAAGCCUUACAGCUGCUCUGUCUGUGGGAAGAACUUUGCCCACUGUGUAAGUCUAACAUGUCAUAUGAGAAGUCACACAGGAGAGAGACCUUACAGUUGCUCUGUUUGUAAGGCUACAUUCAAGUGGAAAAAUACAUUCACACAUCAUGUAAAAGUCCAUACUGUUGAGUAAGCUGCCAAGACUUAAGAGAAAAGAAGACUACACCAGUCCUCCCUUCCAGUCCUCGAGGAACUUGGUUCAUCCUCAAUUAAGUGACUGAAUUACUUAUUUAGUGAUGCAUAUUAUAGUAUAUUUUGUGUUUGAACUAUGAAAAUAGACAAGUAAGCACGUUUAUAGAGGAUGUCUCAAAUAUUCAUAAGCGGUUUUGGUCCCUAACAAAAGCCGUUUUCCACUGUAUUGGAGUAAUUUGUAUUGAAUGUUGUGAUGAGGUUGAACUCUUUUUACCUGGAUAUGAACUGGACCUUUUGUGUUGCAUAGUGCCUUACAUUUGUGAACUGGUGCCAAAUUAAAUUGGUCUCGAUAUAGCAGAAA